GGGCGGGGCGCGGCCCUCGGGCGGCGGCGCUGCCGCCGCGCCGCUGCCGAGCACCGUGUUCGGCAGGCUGGCGGCCGAGGGCAGGCAGAGCGCGUUGUUCACCGCGGGGACGUGGGAGGGCGUCAUGCGGUUAUGCGGCGCGGCGCCUGAUGUCACGGAGGCAACGGCGGAGCGCGGGCUGCUGGACAUGCGGCAUUGGCCGGCGGCGGCGGUGGGUGGCGAGCGGCAGGCCACGGAGGACGCGGUGUCGGUCGUGGAGGCGCUGCUCGAGGGCGAGGACGUGCCCGACCUCUUGGCACUGUACCUGCACGUCGUCGACGGCCACGGCCACGCCUACGGCUUCGGCCCCGAGGUCGCGGAGUAUCGCGCGGCCAUCGAGUUUGCGGACGGGCAGGUGGCACGCCUGGUCCGCGCCGUCGAGCGCCGCGCGGCGCGGCGCGCGGCCGGCGCCGGGCCCGCGGAGGAGUGGCUCUUCGCCGUCACCACCGACCACGGCGGCACCUCCCAGGGGCGCAUGCCCCGCGGUAUGAGGCAGGCGUUCCGCGAGUGCGGCUGCGUCCAGCUGGGCAUCCCGCAGACCAGCUUGCCAGGAGUCCACGGCCUCAAGGAGCUCCCCCAGCACACGCGGACCUUUCAGAUCUUCGGCCUCGUCCCGGGCGGGGGCGGCCAGGGGCUGCUUUCUUCUUUCGGCCUCCAGCAGGUUCCCUUGCACGGCGGCAUUUCCCCCCCUUCCCCCC